CGCUGAGGGGCGGCGGAGGCAGGCGAGGCGCCAUGUCGCCGGUGCAGAAGACCGUGGCGGAGCUCCGCUCGCGGGCCGAGGGCUAUGAGAAGACAGAUGAUGUUUCAGAGAAGACCUCACUAGCUGAUCAGGAGGAAGUGAGAACUAUAUUUAUCAAUCAACCACAGUUCUCUAAAUUUUGUAACAACCAUGUCAGCACUGCAAAAUACAACUUACUCACAUUCCUGCCAAGAUUCCUCUAUUCCCAGUUCAGAAGAGCCGCUAAUGCAUUUUUUCUUUUCAUUGCAUUGCUUCAGCAAAUUCCAGAUGUUUCUCCAACAGGCCGUUACACAACCUUGGUUCCUCUCUUAUUUAUUUUAGUCGUUGCAGCAGUUAAGGAAAUAAUAGAAGAUAUUAAAAGGCAUAAAGCUGAUAAUUCAGUGAACAAGAAACAAACACAAGUAAUGAGAAAUGGAGCCUGGGAAAUUGUCCAUUGGGAAAAGGUGGCAGUAGGGGAGAUAGUCAGAGUGACCAAUGGGGAGCACCUCCCGGCUGACCUCAUCUGUCUGUCGUCAAGUGAACCGCAAGCUAUGUGCUACAUUGAAACAUCAAAUUUAGAUGGUGAAACUAAUCUAAAAAUUCGACAGGGCUUGCCAUUGACCACAGAUAUAAAGGACACUGACAGCUUGGCGAGACUUUCAGGCAAAAUUGAAUGUGAAGGUCCUAACCGACAUCUCUAUGAUUUUGUUGGGAAUAUCAGGCUGGAUGGCCAUGGCACUGUUCCACUGGGACCUGAUCAGAUUCUUCUGCGAGGAGCUCAGCUAAGAAAUACCCAGUGGGUUCAUGGAAUAGUUGUCUAUACAGGACACGAUACAAAGCUCAUGCAGAACUCAACAAGCCCACCUCUUAAACUAUCCAACGUGGAAAGGAUUACAAAUAUCCAAAUUCUGUUUUUGUUCUGCAUUCUUAUUGCUAUAUCUUUGAUCUGUUCAAUUGGUUCAGCUGUAUGGAAUCGAAAACAUGAGCAGAGAGACUGGUACAUCAAUUUAAAUUAUGGUGGCGCUAAUAAUUUUGGACUGAAUUUCCUAACCUUUAUCAUUCUUUUCAAUAAUCUCAUUCCCAUCAGCUUGCUAGUUACACUAGAAGUGGUUAAAUUUAUCCAAGCGUAUUUCAUAAACUGGGAUGUCGACAUGCAUUAUGAACCUACGGACACUGGUGCCGUGGCUCGUACAUCAAAUCUCAAUGAAGAACUUGGUCAGGUGAAAUACAUAUUUUCGGACAAGACUGGAACACUGACAUGCAACGUAAUGCAGUUUAAGAAGUGUACUAUUGCAGGAAUAGCUUAUGGCCAUUCUCCUGAAUCUGAGGAUUAUGGCUAUUCUUCUGAUGAUUGGCAGAGUUCACAAACCAAAGAUGAAAAACAGUUUAGUGAUUCAUCAUUACUGGAAAACCUCCAAAGUAAACAUCCUACUGCACCUAUCAUUUGUGAGUUCCUAACAAUGAUGGCGGUGUGUCACACAGCAGUUCCAGAAAAAGAAGACGAUAAGAUAAUUUAUCAAGCAGCAUCUCCAGAUGAAGGCGCAUUGGUUAGAGCAGCAAAGCAUCUUAAUUUUGUUUUCACUGGAAGGACACCAGACUCUGUAAUUAUAGAAUCUCUUGGACAGGAAGAAAGAUAUGAAUUGCUAAACGUAUUAGAAUUUACAAGUGCUAGGAAAAGGAUGUCUGUGAUUGUUCGCACGCCUACAGGAAAACUAAGGCUUUACUGCAAAGGGGCUGAUACUGUAAUAUAUGAUCGUCUGGCUGAAAAUUCAAGAUACAAGGAAAUUACUUUGAAACAUUUAGAAUUAUUUGCUACUGAAGGCUUGAGAACGCUUUGUUUUGCUGUUGCUGAGAUUUCAGAAAGCGACUACCAGGAGUGGCUGCAUGUCUAUCAAAGAGCUGCAACAUCUGUACAAAACAGAGCACUAAAACUUGAGGAGAGUUAUGAACUAAUUGAAAAGAAUCUGCAGUUACUCGGAGCUACAGCUAUAGAAGAUAAGUUACAAGACCAAGUGCCUGAAACAAUAGAAACUCUAAUGAAGGCAGAUAUCAAAAUUUGGAUCCUGACUGGAGAUAAGCAAGAGACUGCUAUUAACAUUGGGCAUUCUUGUAAACUCUUGAGAAAGAACAUGGGACUCAUUGUCAUAAAUGAAGGAUCUCUUGAUUCAACAAGAGAAACGUUAAGCCAUCAUUGCAGCACUCUUGGCGAUGCCUUGAGGAAGGAAAAUGAUUUUGCUCUUAUUAUCGAUGGUAAAACAUUGAAGUAUGCCUUGACAUUUGGUGUAAGGCAGUAUUUUCUGGAUUUAGCUCUGUCAUGUAAAGCUGUUAUUUGUUGCAGGGUGUCGCCUCUUCAGAAAUCUGAAGUUGUAGAGAUGGUUAAAAAACAGGUCAAAGUCGUCACACUGGCAAUUGGUGAUGGAGCAAAUGAUGUCAGUAUGAUACAGACGGCACAUGUCGGUGUUGGUAUUAGUGGAAACGAAGGGCUACAAGCAGCGAACUCUUCGGACUACUCCAUCGCACAGUUCAAGUACUUGAAGAACUUACUCUUGGUCCACGGUGCCUGGAAUUAUUGCAGAAUUGCUAAAUGCAUCUUGUACUGCUUCUACAAGAAUAUUGUCCUUUAUAUCAUUGAGAUAUGGUUUGCCUUUGUUAAUGGAUUUUCUGGACAAAUACUUUUUGAAAGGUGGUGCAUAGGACUUUACAAUGUGAUGUUUACAGCGAUGCCCCCACUAACACUUGGAAUAUUUGAAAGAUCCUGCCACAAAGAAAAUAUGCUGAAAUAUCCUGAAUUAUACAAGACUUCUCAAAAUGCUCUGGAUUUCAAUUCAAAGGUUUUCUGGGUUCAUUGUUUAAAUGGCCUUUUCCACUCAGUAAUUCUGUUUUGGUUUCCAUUAAAAGCUGUCCAGUCUGAUACUAUAUUUGCAAAUGGUAAAACUUCAGACUAUUUGCUUUUGGGAAAUAUAGUCUAUACAUUUGUGGUAAUAACUGUAUGUUUAAAAGCCGGAUUAGAGACUUCAUAUUGGACUUUGUUUAGCCAUGUAGCUAUAUGGGGAAGCAUUGCACUGUGGAUAGUAUUUUUUGGAAUCUACUCUUCUGUAUGGCCUUUUCUUCCUAUGGCUCCUGAUAUGUCUGGGGAGGCAGCCAUGUUGUUCAGCUCUGGUGUCUUUUGGAUGGGCUUACUAAGUAUUCCAAUGACAGCGUUGAUCUUUGACGUUGUAUAUAAAGUAGUCAAGCGAGCAGCUUUUAAAACUCUGGUUGAUGAAGUUCAGGAGUUAGAAGCAAAAUCUCAAGAUCCAGGAGCUGUUGUUCACGGGAAAAGCUUAACUGAAACAGCUCAGCUACUAAAAAAUGUUUUUAAGAAAAACCAUGUCAACCUAUACCGCUCUGAGUCUCUACAACAAAACUUGCUUCAUGGCUAUGCUUUCUCUCAAGAUGAAAAUGGGAUUGUUUCACAGUCUGAGGUAAUAAGAGCCUACGAUACUACAAAGCAAAGACCUGAUGAAUGGUGACAGAAAACGAUGUCACAGCGUUCUAGUAUUUGCCAUAGUGAGUCAAACGAGUAGUUUUACUAGACCUGUUAACAAGGUCCAGUAACAGAGUUAGAGGAAGAUGUCUGUUGUUGCUCUUAUUCCCUGAAGUUUGAAUUCACAUAAUGAGUAGAUGAAAACACUGUGCAAUUAUACUGUAAUACACUAAAUUCUGCAACAAGUGUUUCUUGGAUUUUGUAAGCAGAGAUUUAAAAUUACCCUCACUCUUUCCAGACUUCUUAUUUACAGUGAAGCUGAAGAAGUGUUGUUCCUAUAGGUAUAUCUGGGACAUAACAAAGAGUCUGAUAUAGCACAUAUUGACAAGUAUAGCCCUUGCAAAGGUUUAUAAAUGAUGAGGUAUCUAAAAUGCCAUUUCACGAGCCUUUUGGUUUCAACAACUGCUAAAGUAACCAUUUUGAAGUGACAUUGACUCACGUGAUGAGGUCUGAUUUCAAAGCAAGGUAUUUAUAAGGAAUUGUGUCAAACUAACCUAAAAAGUUUGCCAAAGAAGUUCUAUAAAAUGUGCUUCUCACCUUAAUCAUUCACAGAGAAAAUUCAAAGGACGGCAAUGUCAAGUGUGUUGUUGGUAUUGCAUGCUUGAUGCUCUGUACUUGAAAAGUUUUACAAUAAUGUGAACCUGAUACAGGUUGCUUUUUAUUGCAUUGUGUUUGUAUCUGUGAUCAGUUGCACCUUUUGCCUUAUAAAAGCUAUUCUUUUAUUCCCCCUUUUCAUUUAACAGAAAUGUGUACAUUUAAUACAUCAGCCAUUCUCUGUGGUAAGGAGCAUGUCUCUCUGAGAUUUGUUUGAAGUAUAUACAAAUACUGCUCAGUAUUAUAGCCCUUCUUUAUGCAUAAGGAAGAAUUCCGUGCUCAAAGGGGAGAGCUGUGGACAAAGCUAUUCCCAAAGUAUCAUAUCUAAAUAUACAGGCACUUUCAUUUCCAUUGGUACAGAUUGCCUGUUGGAGGUACUGGGAUGGGGGUGGUUUUGGUCCAGUUCCCCUUUGCACCAGCAGGUUAUCAGCUCUGUCAGAAAUUACCAAAUAUACAUGCAUCCCAUGUUUUUUCCUCUAGGACCUAAACCAGAAUGCAGUACCGUUAUUAGAAAUCUGUUUCCCUGGACAGAAGUUUGUCCUUAUCGUUUGACAGCCUGCAUUUUUUACAUGCUUGUUUUUUAUUUAAAAUGAUCAAACACACGCUCAACUUGCUUAAAACACAGUGGAUACUUGGUGGCUUUCUCUGUCUGAAAGAGCCAGAAAUAGAUAUCAUGAACUCAUUACAGUGCCUGUAUGUUCUUUUUUGCUUUAUAAGACAAUUAUUUAUUGCUUCUGUCAAAUAUAUUACGAACAGCCCAAGAUUAGUUUUGAAUUAAAGUGUGCUGAAGUUUGAAAAAUGAAGCUGAUGAUUAGCUCCUCUGUUUCCCUUUGAUGUAAAUAUUCUGAUUUAUGCUGCUAAUAAAACAAGGAAAAUAAACUAAUAAAGUGUUCACACCAUAGUCAGAUAAUAUAGAACUUCCCUCCUCACAAGAAUUCCUUAAAAAUUAUUUUUAAAUACGUCAGUAUGUAAACAUUGGCUGAAAGAGGCAGAAUCAGAUUUAAUAUUGCAAAAUCAUUUGUAACUGUGCUGUUAGUACUGUACAGUUCAUCUACCGGUCAAAAGACAUGCACAUGUACUCUGGUAAAAGCAGUAUUUCUAUGUGAUGAUUCCCAUAUUAGGUCCAACUUGUAAAGCCGUGUGUUGCAGGACCUAUGAAAUAAGAGAACAUUGCGUGUGAUUGAGAUCACAUAGUUGCAAGGGCAUUAGCUUUACCCACUAGUAAUCAUUAAAAAGAAGAUAAAACAGAAGAAAGGAAAAAAAUCUCUUACUAAAACAGCUUUGCUUGUCAGUUUUGCAGCCUCAAAUUGCCAUCUAGAAAGCUUCAGGCAUAGAUAAUGAAUGAAUCAACGAGGGCCAAAUCACUUGACCUAAAGCAAGAAAAAAAUCAGAGCAGGCCUUUUUUGAAACUUGGGUGCUCACUUUAUGUCGUCUAUAGGACACAUUGACAACACAUCGACAUCAACUGAUUUCCCAAAUGAGCAAUUUAAAAUGAUAAUCUUCUAACAUACAUAGAGACCAGUAUUUCUCUUUAGAAUAAACAAAUAGAGUCAGUCGAGACAUUGUGAUUCAGCAGAUGCUCUGUGGUGUCUCACGUAUCCCAUUCUUUCUUCCUGGCCCUGAUGCAGCCCUUGUGGCCUCUGACAGAACCGGUCUUCUGUGUUGGGGGGGGGGGGGCGGAAUCCUUCAUUCACUUCCCACACCCAAGACAAAUGGUCUGGCCGAAGUACCGCAUGGUGAGUGCAGGUGUGUGCCCCUCCUCCUUUCUUUCCCAGCAACAUGAAACAGUUUACAUUCAAUUGUCCCAGAAAACUUAUUGUUACACAAACAAGCAUGUGACCUCACCCUCACUGGACUGGGGUAAAAACACAGAUAUUGCGUUAGCUGGAGCUGUGGAAACACAAGUUCCAUGACUGUCCAUGUUUAGUGACAGAAGAUGGCACACAAUAGAUAUUCUUUCUGGCACUUUUUUUGCUACUUGAAAUCGAUAGUCACUACUAGGACAUUUUACUGAUCAUUGCGGGGGUUGGAAGAUACAAUCUUCCAGGGAUGCCGAAUACAUUUUCUUCAUAAAAUAAGGGGAAAGUCCAUCACUGCACAUUUUAUGCAGAAUAGCUUUGUUACAAAUCUGAAGGCGUGUACCACUUUUUUCAUCAUCUCCCAAUCUUAUUAACCUUAUUCUUAAGAAUUGAUUUUAAUGUGUUUUUUCACACACUGGAUGUAAUUUUAUCUAAUAAGACCCAAUAGAAGGGUAUGUGUACUUGAUUAAAUGAUCAUUGUGCAUGUAGACUGUUUUUAACAGUUGGAUUUUUCCUGCUAUUAAAAUCAACUCAAAUGCUUUAUGCCCAGAAAUAAAAGAUGCCCAAAUAAAUUUAUUUAUUUAGCCAGAAUUCAGGACAGGCAUACAAUAAAAUAUAUUGUGGUGUUUGCAGAAAAAUAAGGGUCAUAUUAAAAGAAUAUAUACAUCUAUAUAUUCUCUUCACCAGUAGGCAUAUAUUUUAACCAAAAAAAUGUAAACUUUUGCAGUUCUAUGUAUUGUCAAAGGCUUUCACGGCUGGAGAUUGUUGGUGGUUGUGGAUUUUCCGGGCUGUAUGGCCGUGGUCUUGGCAUUGUAGUUCCUGACACUGAGAGAUCUCUGUCUUUUGGUGCUACACCUCUGAAGAUGCCAGUCACAGCUGCUGGCGAAACGUCAGGAACUACAAUGCCAAGACCACUGCUAUACAUCCCGGAAAAUCCACAACCAUUUUGCAGUUCUCUUACUUAAAUCCAAAAGGGAAGUUAUAUUUAUGUAUUUUUAUGUGUUAAGUAUACUGUGUAAUAGUUUCAAGCUAUUACUAAAUAGCUGCAGCAAACUUCAGUUGAUUGAAAAUAGUGUCAGUCAGAAAUCAAUAGAACUUAUACAUGCCUGUGUUUUUAUCGCUUUUGGAAAUGUGUAACUAACUGAUUUGAGAAGCCAUAAGUGGACUUGUUUUUCUUAGUGCUACUAGAUUUAUUUUUGCAAACCAAUUUUGACAAAUUUAUAAUUAAACAACUUUCUAGUUGUAUAAAAUAGAAGAAAUAUUUAAAAGAAACGAUAACAGUGAAAGGUUCCUAUUACUCAGUCAAGCAUGGGAAUCCAUCUUUUGUCACCAUGUACUGGAUUUUCUCUUCCGUACUAGAGAAAUGGACAGUCUGUUCAGCCUAACCCCCUCAUCCUCUACUUAUUUAUGUCGUGUGCAGAAACAGUUGUUGUAAGUUGUGUAUCAAUCUGACUGCAUGAGUUAAUAUGUCACAAUGUGAAUUUGACCUGAUGCAUGCGUCUCCCGUAAAAUUCAUUUUUUCUUUUCCUUCAGUUAGAAACACGCAUCAUGCCAUAUAUAUUUGAUAAGCAAAAGUAGGUGUUGGCUAAACCACUUCAUUUUGUUAGUAUUGAAUGUAAACUCAGAAAAUCAUAUACAUAUUAAUAUGAAUCACAUUCCAGAAUUUGUGCAAGAGCCAACCUAAUUGGAUUACCCAUCAGUAGAACUCUGGUGAAAAUUGGCAGGGCAUCUGAUGUUUUAUAGAUGACUUCAACACAGACUUUUGCAUUCAUUCAAUAUUUUGUAAUUACAAAACUGUGACCUAAAUGUGUAGAAGUAAAAUCAUGUUUGUGUUUUUGUUUGGGGUUGUGGGGGAGGGGGCUGGCUUGUUCUACAAUUGAAGCCAUAAUGCAUUAAUGUCGGUUUUCGGCUGUGACUUGAUUUUCAUUAUGUUUCAGUGUCUAAUCACUAAAUGCUGCCAUAGAAGGCAAACAUUAUAUAAAAUCAAGACUGCAUAAAAGUAAGAUAGGCCUUUCCAACUCCACUGAACCAUUACUGCUGAAACUACUGUGGAAAUUGUAAAGCUGCAUGGAGGGGUUUUGACUCAGUGUUUACGGUAGUUUUCCUCAGGUUGUUUUAACUUGAUGUUAAAUGCACUGUUUUAUAACAGGUUAUUCAAUUUUAGUAAUAUAUUCAGUUUUAUGCAGUGUUACAUGUUAUUGGCAUUUUGUAAAUGCAUGUUUUGAACUGCAGAUUUUAACUGUUUUGUCUCGUUUAAAAAAAUAAAA